AUGUUGGUGGCACAGGCAUCCGAUGCUCAGCAUGAUAUUACAGAACUCUAUGCGCCAUAUUUGCGGCAUUAUUUUACGGGUCGUCAAAAUCUCACCUUGUAUGAUCCGAAAGCCGGGUAUAAAUGGAAGCAAUGUGUUUCGGAUCCUUCUUUUUCAUCCUCUCCAUUUCCUGAAAUGACUCCGAAACAAACCGUCGCUUCGGCUGCGUUACUGCGGCAACGAUUAAUCACGCUUCUCAACGUAGUGUUAGUUGUCAUGGUACUUAAUUACGAACUUUUGUAA